CAACCAAAAAAUCCCACCGGUGUCUGUCUGUUUUCCUUUCUCUCCAAGCACAACAGAUUCUCUCACUUCCCUUCACAAACCCCUCCCCAUAAGAGGCCACACCGCACCGCAGUCUCUCUCUCGCUCUAGAUUUCCAAAUUUUGGUUCCCAUUUUGCCCCUCGAAUUCUCCAGCCAUGUUCGUCUCUAGGGUUUUAGCUCGGGCCUCGAGGACCCUCCCCAGGGGCACAAUGCUCUUGGCGGCUCCGCAGAAUCAUCACUUGCCAAUCCUGUCCAAUCAGUCCCAAGCUUUGAUCCACGAUUUUUCCUCUAAGCAGAUUGUUCCGAGGCAGGUGUCCCUAUUACAUCAUUCAACCCCAACUUCUUCUAUCUCUCAAAUAUUUGGGUUCUCUUCGUCUGCAUCGCCACAUCCUGAAAAGGAUCAUGGAAGUGCUGUAGAGAAUGGCAGCGCUUCUACAAAUGGAGAGCCAGAAAAAGCAAGUGGAGACGCGAAAGUUGCUGAUCAAGCAAAAGAGUCAGAUUCAGAGAGUGACGGUGACUUAACAAUGGAUGACCUGGUAAAACUUGUUGCUGAGAAGGAAGAUCUUCUGAAGGAGAAACAUGAAGAAUUCAAGAAAAUGCAAGAUAAAUUCCUCCGAAGUUACGCAGAGAUCGAAAAUGUCAUGGAGAGGACAAAGCGUGAGGCAGAGAAUUCAAAGAAAUUUGCCAUACAGAGUUUUGCAAAGAGUUUACUAGAUGUUGCAGACAAUCUAGGCAGAGCUUCUUCAGUUGUCAAAGAAAGUUUCUCAAAACUUGACGAGUCCAAGGACACUGGUGCAGCAUUCCCACUUCUGAAAACACUUCUAGAAGGUGUUGAAAUGACUGAGAAACAGCUUUUAGAGGUUUUUAGAAAGUACGGAAUAGAAAAGUAUGAUCCUACAAAUGAAGCGUUUGACCCAAACAGGCAUAAUGCAGUAUUCAGUUUACAAGAUGCUUCCAAGCCUCCGGGUACUGUUGCUGUGGUUCUCAAGCCGGGAUACAUGCUUCAUGAUCGAGUUGUUCGACCAGCUGAAGUUGGUGUAACAACGGAUGCGGGGAACAAUGCUGACAAUUAAAUGGCAGCUACCAAAAUUUUCCCAAGUUACGUCUUUGCGGUGCACCGGAUCACAUUACAAUAUUUUUUGCCUACGUUUGAGAAACUUGAAUAGGAUUUAAUCUUAGUCCUGUGACUUAAGGGUCCAUAAACUUAUUUUCCAGCCUGACAAUUUUUUCUACCCAAUCAUUUAUGUUAGUUUGGUAGUAUAUUGCUCUUGUUAUUAUGGACGACACGACCACAAAAGUGCCCUGGGUACGUUUGAGUUUUCGAGAGGUUCAAA